GUUUAGAGUAGGUCCCGCUUCAUUUAGUUACCGUUGUAGUGCGUUUGAUAUGUAGGUACAACCCGGGAUUGUGGUUUUGCUUUCGUGAGACUUACACCACAGCACAUCCAUAUUUCUUCUCCAGACUCCUCAUUCUUUCCUCUCUCUACCUCUUGUGUUGUUUUUGGCUCAUUCGUGGAGGAGCAGAGUAUGUACCGGACUUAGUCGGGUCGAGAACGAAGAAGAUUGUAAACAUUCGUUUAUCUGUUUGACAACAGGCCAGCCACUGUGCCACUGUGCGCCUUCGUUUAUCGACAACUCUGAGCAUUGAUCCUCUUUGCAUUCGCUAAUUGAUAUUCAUUUCAAUCUCGGACUCCCCAGGUCAUUCGUUACUCGACCACCGUUUUGACUCAAACUCUCGAGAGAUCAUACAAUUGCAAAGAAUUCCUGUCAGAGUUCCGCAACUAUUCCUCCAGUUGUCUUAACCGUGUCAAUACAAUCGCUUUUGAACCACCGCAAUGCGUUCUUCCACGCUCUUGGCGCUCAGUGGCGCCACUCUCUCGUACGCGUUACCGACAAUCGAAGCAGUUGGCGGCAAGUUCUUUACAAGCGACGGCAACCAGUUCUUCAUAAAGGGAGUUGCUUAUCAGCUCACGGAGAAGGACCCGUUGAUUAAUACCGAGCAAUGUAGUCGGGAUGCUUCGCUCAUGAAGAAGCUGGGUGCCAACACAAUUCGGGUUUACCAUGUCGAUCCAGAUGAGGAUCAUUCUGGUUGUAUGUCGGCUUUCUCUGACGCCGGCAUCUACACCCUGGUAGAUAUGGAUACCUUCGAUACCUACAUCUUGCCUAACGACCCUUGGUGGAAUCAGACGCAACUUGACCGCUAUUCGAAGGUCAUGGACACGUUCCAGCAGUACGACAACCUGCUCGGCUUAUUCGUGGGCAAUGAGAUCAUUGCUAUUAACAACCAGUCGCUCGCUGCUCCCUUCAUCAAGUCCGCCUGCCGGGAUCUGAAAGCCUACAGAGAUUCCAAGGGUUACCGGAAGGUCCCGGUUGGAUAUUCCGCUACGGAUAUUGCGGAACUUCGACCUUGGCUCCAGGACUACCUCACAUGUGGAGGAAACGCAUCAGAGAACAUCGACUUCUAUGGCCUGAACUCUUAUCAGUGGUGUGAUCCCACCAACUACCAGACUUCCGGUUAUGCCAACCUCCAGUCGCAGGCCAAGAAUUUCCCCGUCCCAAUCUUCUUUUCCGAGACCGGAUGCAACAAGCCCGGUCCACGACUAUUCGAUGACCAAGAUUCUAUCUUCGGAGACGAGAUGGUGAACGAUUGGAGCGGAUCUAUCGUGUAUGAAUGGAUCGAGGAGGCUAAUAAUUAUGGUUUAAUUUCGUAUGGUCCAAAGGUCGAUGCAACUGCUACGGGCUCCAACAUCGUCGGAGGCUAUACAGUUGCGGGCACUCCGACGCCUGUCUCACCCGAUUUCGAUAACCUCAGCAAGCACUGGGCUACUCUCACUCCAACGGGAGUAUCUAAAUCUAAUUAUGAUACGACGUCAGUCUCGACGCGUGCGUGCCCGACAUCUACGGCUAGCGGAUGGCUAGUCAAUGGCAACGUUGCGCUGCCAAGCUUAGGAGAGACGUUGACCGGUAGCUACUCUUCGGUACCUAGUGCUACUGGCACGGCCGCUAGUCCUAGCGCAUCAGAGACGAAGAACUCGGUUUCUGGAUCCAAGGAGGUUGCUGGUAUGGGCGCAGGUCUUGUGGGUGUGAUGAUGGUUUUCACCUUCUGGCUUUAAUCUGGCUAUGAACCUUGAGAACCAGGAUUUUUUUCUGCCCCGGGCGAUUUACCCCGUCGCGCCCUCCCGCCUGAUUCGAAAUGAUCGGAAGUUUGUGUUGGGCUUUUUUUGUCGACAUAUGAACACUUCCUUUCGACCUC